AAUGGAAAAAACGCUGCUGACUCGCACAAUAAUAUCGCGUCUCAGCAGGGUGGACUUAAUAAACAUAGAGUAAGAAAAAAGCUUCAUACAUCAGUAAGAAGAACAGCGGUAGCAAAAAUAACGUGGUCGUGCUUAAAACCUCCUUUUUCUAAAGAUUUUUAACAUAGCAAGCAGAAAGAGCAAAUUCCAGGAAAAACCCUUGCAAGCACGGGUGCUAGGAAUCGUGUGACGUUUCGUGUAUCUGUAAAAGCCGACUGUAAUCUUAAACCUAGUGCAACGCGCUUGAUGGACUUAGAUAUCCAGCUUAAUACAGAAAUAGCGAAAUAAGCCAAAAUAACUGUUCGAAUCGUAAAGAUCUACAUCAAGAGUCGACUGUGAAAAUGGCUUCCGAAGAUUUACUACAACCUGGGCAUGUGGUUAAAGAACGUUGGAAGGUUGUCCGUAAAAUCGGUGGAGGUGGAUUUGGUGAAAUAUAUGAGGGCCAAGAUUUGAUAACACGAGAGCAAGUAGCUUUGAAGGUUGAGUCAGCUAGGCAACCAAAGCAAGUAUUGAAAAUGGAGGUAGCUGUUCUUAAGAAGCUGCAGGGCAAAGAGCAUGUUUGUCGUUUCAUUGGCUGUGGUCGAAACGAUCGCUUCAACUAUGUAGUAAUGCAACUGCAAGGGAAAAAUUUAGCGGAAUUACGCCGGGCGCAACCACGUGGAGCAUUUUCUCUGAGUACAACACUAAGAUUAGGUUUGCAGAUACUAAAAGCCAUCGAAUCUAUACAUUCUGUUGGGUUCCUACAUCGUGAUAUUAAGCCAAGCAAUUUUUCAAUUGGCCGAUUACCCUACAAUUGUCGUCGUGUCUAUAUGUUGGAUUUCGGAUUGGCACGGCAAUACACUACGGGUACUGGUGAAGUAAGAUGCCCCCGUGCGGCAGCUGGUUUUCGCGGUACAGUGCGCUAUGCUUCAAUCAAUGCUCACCGGAACAGAGAAAUGGGACGCCAUGAUGAUCUCUGGUCUCUCUUCUACAUGUUGGUCGAGUUCGUUAACGGCCAAUUACCAUGGCGCAAAAUAAAAGAUAAGGAACAAGUUGGUCUAACAAAAGAGAAAUACGAUCACCGUAUUUUGCUGAAACAUUUACCAUCAGAUUUGAAGCAGUUUCUCGAACAUAUACAAUCUCUUACGUAUGCCGAUCGCCCAGAUUAUGGGAUGAUAAUUAGUUUAUUUGAGCGCUGUAUGAAACGUCGUGGUGUUAAAGAAUCAGAUCCUUAUGACUGGGAAAAAGUCGAUGCGGUGACUGCAAACAAUCAAGCAAACAGUCAUGUACAAGUGAAAAAUGAAUUCAUUCAGGGUAACGUCACACAAAUGACUGUUGCCGCCUCAAACGCUAGUGGUACAGAAUAUGUACGAAGACGUAAUGAGAUCGACACUGCUCCCCUUGCAGCUACUGAGCCGGUUCAUGUAAAGGAAAAGGUUGAUAAAAACUGCAACACCCAACAACCUGAGAAUAAUUUACAAAACAUGAACAUAUGCAACCAAAACAGUUCUCCAAAAACUGGGGUAGUUGCGUCGGCUGUUGGGCGUGUCAAUAAUUCCAUAGAUCAACAACAACCUGGGCAAGUGAUUUUUCACGCGCAAGGCGAACAAACUAUUAAUGUCACGAAAUCAGCUACGAGCGUCGCUGUAGUCACCUUAUCAAAUUGCGGCGAUGGGGCUUCACAGAAUAAGUUACAACCGCAGCAAUCUCAUCAGUCUGCUAAACAGCAAGUAGCAAAUAAGUCCAACGUUCUGACAGUGAAUCAAAACAAUUUGACCACAAUACAUCCCAUGUCUUAUCAGCCUAUUAUUAUGGAUGCGACUUUUGAUGAGGGUACAACAUCAAUAUCAUUGCAAGCGCGUUUACGUAAACGUGGGCAAUCUGGCGAUGAUGGCGUCUUAUCUGCAAAUCUCAGUAGAGUCGACGAUCAGCAAAACUUUGAACACGCAUCUGGUAUUGGCGGUGGAGGUUCCUCAGCUAUAGAACCGAUUGCAAAAAAAAAUACGCCACUAGAGCAAAGCAAUGCCGGUGAAGAGUUGUUUGCUAAAAAUUUGUAUGCAUCGUUACGGACAGGAGAAAACAAUUUACCUAGUUUUUGCAACAAACGCAGCAAAGGUAUUUCUAUAUUGGCUAGUAGCGACGAGGAACCUAAGACGACUUACGGUCGACUAAGGGUCUUAACUGCUCCAACAAGUAGCGCGCAAGAGAUGUUAGUGGCUGGCGUGUAUAACGAAACCAAUUCGCCAAACGAGCACGAUCCUUCAGCCUUUUCGUUUGAUGCAGCAACUGGCGUGGUUAUGACAGCUCAACGGAUUCUUAACUCCGGAUCCGGCAGUCAUCGACAGAUAACACCUCCUAUUUUACCUACUCGCCGUUGCAACACUUCCACGAACCUGAAACCCUCGUGCGUCACAGCUUCAACACAACGUCUUAAUAGUGGGAUAGUUUGUGCAAAUCGCGGUAGCGGCGGAGAACACUCUAUUACUCAGUUUGCGCUUAUUGAUGACGAAAACGUAUCAGCAUUGCAGCAAGUAACUAGGGGGGGAGGAGCGUUAACAUUAGCGAGUCAAUGGAAAAGUCAAUUCGACGACUCAGAGGAUACUACAGACAACGAAUGGAAACAAGAGGGGCAGAGUCCUGUACACAAUAUGAAGCAAAAUUUCAUCUCGCAGUCCCAUCCCAAUUUCGCAGUGGCGCCAAUUAAGCAUCCUGUACAACCAGGUACUAACGUUAAAUCUUCUAAGAACGGAAACACAAGCGAACCCAAAGGAGAGCACGCAAGAAAUGCGUCUCUUCAUGAAAUCUCAACUGGAAAACGAAAAAAGCACAAUCUGAAUAUUGUGGGUAUUGAAAACUAUGAGCGGGUUCGGAACUCGAUACCGCAUUGUUGGUCUGAGCCGGCUAUGGGUAACGUAUUGCGUAGAGAUUUAAAACCACCCAUUGUUCAACAAGCAGCCUUCGAUAAUAUUAUUUAUCGUAUGGAUGUAGCACGUAAUGUAUGCGUCAGGGAAGUAUUUUUUGAAGCGGCCAUAUCUCAUGAUGACGCUAAAGGAACUGUUGCAACCGCAGCUGCCACUGACGACUUGAAAAACGGUUCUUCGAAUUCCACAAACAAACAUCGAAAUAGUCUGCCAAAUGUUGCUUUAUCGGAAAUUAUAAAUGCUGAACAAAUAAAAACUGUGGAAUCUAAAGUGAUUGUACCGCAAUCGUCAAGUACCAAAGGUGAUAACCAACAUCAGCUGUGGAUAGCACAAGUAAGAGAAAAAAGUGUAUGUGAUCCAACAGUAAAUUCUCCUACAUGUCAAGCGGCAGAGCAGCAGCUCUCGAACUUUGGUGUACGGAGUAGUGACGCGGCAAAUUCUCUGUGCAAAGAAGGGGCUAUGCAAAAUGAAGGUUGUGUUAGUGGCCGUUUGGAAAUACGUAUGAUACAAAAAGAAAACUCGAAUCCUGAGGAGUCCAUUUAUUACGAUGCUUUCGCUGCGACUCCUACAAAAAUGCAAUCACAACAUCAAUCACGAAAAACCGCUAACACGCGAAAUGCAAUUGACAGUGAUGAAGGCGGCAAUGGAAACAGUUUAAAACAUAGAGACGGUGAUCGUAGCAAACAACCUGUUCUAACCCAAACUAGUGAACAUGUUGGUGAUAACAAGAAUGUGAUCCUAAACAAAAAACCAGCCGCCAGUCUCACAGGACAUGGCAAUGGUGUUAUAAAUUUGGAUAAUUUAUCGACAGCCUGCACGAAAACAGGUGACAUUCAAAACGAUACUAUAUCGGAUUCCAAUCCGACAAAGGGCGCUGCUAAUUUCUAUUCCAAUGUCACCACUGUAACAGCGACAAGUGGUUCUGCCAGCAAAAUACCUGUUUUAAAUGUGAACCUUCGACCCGUCAAGUGCACAUCUUGGACCGGUGGCGAUUUAACAUCGUCGCAGCCUCAAUAUCAACAGCCGAAUAGCAGUAAUAGCAAUAAAGCAUUUCACAAUAUAAUCGAUAGUAUAGUCGUUGUCAACGCCACCAAUAAACAUGAUAUUAUUUCCGACGCAUACCAACACACUGAUAUAGCGGAGUUAACACCAGCUUUAAGACGGCGGCGUGAUCCCGCGGAUAAAUAUACAGCAGAUCCAGCACAGCCAAACUUAAGGUUUUCACGGCCCUAUUCAAAAAAUUCUAGUCGAAUUCGAGGAGUACCCACAAUGUUCUUGGGACAAUUUGAAGAUGGUUCAACAGAUAACAGCGAAGACCAGCAUGUAAGUGGUGGCAGUGGUGGUGUUAUAAGCGUUGAAGCAACAAGUGCUCCAUUAAGAAUCGCCGACACUGAACAAGCGGCUACUUCCACAGCUCCUGCUUUAUUUGAAGAUAAUGAACAACUGCAAGGCAAACGUACUGAAAAGGACGUUUUGCUGCUAAAUUUAGUGCAGGAUUUUAAUCAAAUGGAUAGUCCAAUGAUACGUAAUGAUAUUACGCCACCACCUGGCGCUCCAAAAUUGGAAAAUAGCGCGCGCUUAAGACGCUAUAGACAUAAUAUAGAUUAAUUGACCGGUAUUAUUUUAUUAUGAUUUAACAAGAUACACAGUCAAUCCUACUCAAUUCCUCUCCCAUCAGCAUCUUAAUUGGUACAAUUUUUAAACAAUUUCGGAACAAAGUUUUCUUAGAUCGACAAUUUACAUAAAUAAAUAUGUGUGCUUUUCGUUUUUUUCACUUCGUCCUUUAUUAAUAUUAAUACGAACGAUCACAAUGUAUUCACAGUUUUCGUGACGUCUUUGCGCCCUUGUUAUAUUGUGUUAAUCUACGCAUGCAAAUGCAUUCUUUAAAGAUAAUUGCUUCUUAGGAAUCGAUAUGAGAUAUUUUCUAGUUCCAUAAUAAAUAUUCGAAGAAUGAGUAUGCAUAAUAUUAGCAGAGCGGAUAAUGUCGCCACGUUUGUACUAACGAAUCAGACUUUUGUUAUUCUGAGAUGCUGCUGAGUCUCAUAUAUAACAGAUAGCAGAAAAUUCGUUUAUUUGCUUUUAAAAAUCGAAGACAUAUGUAAAGAUAUUUCUAAAAGUAUGUUUGCCCCGCUCUAUGAACAUUUCACGGUUUCGUGUCUUCGGCACUAUCGCCUCUAAUUUAUUCCAUCACUGUAGUCGAAAUUUCUAUUUUUUUCAAUAAAGAUUGCUUUUGUUUUGCGCAAUAGUCUUUUUCUUACUUUAACGUUUCGUAGCUUUCCCUACGAUUUACCAUGAGUCCUCCAUAUUUUAUGCCGUUGAUAUAGCCACCAUUUUCGUUCGGCUGGUUUUUUGCAGUUUUUUUUUCUGAGUUUUUUUCUCUCUUUUGCAGUAGAUAUCUUGACAUUGCCUUCUUGUCAUGAGUAUUUUGGACUUUCAUAUUUUAGUACUGACGAAAUUUAGAUGAAUUUCUUUUUAGCCGACUUCCCGUGUGUCUUCCAUUUCGAGAUUGACCUUUUGGUGUAGCAACAACGGAUCAUUUAUACUUGCUCGCAUGAGUUGGCUGAUUCGGCACCGGCACAAUUAAAUUUUCUGUUUUUUUAGCAAGGAGGUGGGAGGAGCUAUCCAUUGGUUUUCAUUGGUUUCUCGGAUUAGUUGGGAAAGGUUAAGUCUCUGAUGGGUAUUCUCGGGUGUUGUCACCAUCAAGCUGGUUUUUUUGGAAAGAACCUCCCUCUUGCACCUCAUGUUCAAUUUUUAUACACAUCACCGAAGAAUGACGUCAAAAUGUUUACAGCGCCCAGAAGGAAGCGACAGAGUGGGAAAGUGUAUGUAUUCUUCAUCCCCAUCAAAUUCUGUAUCGAUUUAAGCAUGUGUGUGUGUCCCUCCAUUUAAUGUCUGCUGUAAACAUUCGCGUGGGCGCAAAAAUGAAGCUAUCGAUUUCAAAUUUGGCAGAAACGUUGGAAGUUCUUCUGCGCAGGGUGGUAUUGAGAAUUGGUCAAAUCGUUUGAAGGGCACGUUUACAGUGUCACGUAAACUGAGAACAUCUCUGUUUUUCCAAAGCACGAACAAAUUGUUUAUUGCUUGUAAACAAUAGCUGGUAAAUCUGCAAAAAUUUCAAUGCAUGUUGUGUAGACGAUACUGUAGUACCUGUGCAAAGCUGGGAAAAAUUUACUACGCCUACCCAAUAUUACAGUGUAUCAAAGUUACAAAUUUUUUCAAUACUUUUAUAGCCAUCAAAAGCAUGCUUUAAAAACCCCAAAAAAAAUAUAUAAAUUCUAGGCUAGUUUCGCAAUCGGAUUACACCUAAGUACGUUCGUCUUUUCCUUUGUGCAUCUGUCCAUCCGUUCGUCUGCCCAAACACAAACAAGGUGAAACCAAAAAAACAUUCUCAGAAUAUAUUAGUCCCACUGUAAUUGAACAUAAGAAGGUUUCAGUUGACAUUCACAAUUGUCGGUAGACACACAUGGCACUUAUUUUAAUUAGUCGCACAUUUUUAUAUGCAAAUUUUCAUAAAAUUUUAAUCUAAAGCGCUUUUUGAAGGCAACUAUUGAAAUUAGUAGCUUAUGCAUUUUAAAGUACGGAGAAUAUUGCUGCAAGAGAGUACUGUUUAGAAAAGAUAGGUUUAAGAAUGUAUGUUAAGCCUGUUAUUUGGUUCACGUCGCAUUUGGUGUAUCUCAUAUAUCUAAUACAUUUUCUAAAAACCUUCUAUUUUCGAAAAAUCGCACUUAAAAAUUAUUACUUAAAGCUGUAAUCAGGAAAAUAAAAAGAUUUACCAUUUGUUCCUUUUUAAAAUAUACCACCCACCUUAAAAGCUCUUCUUUGUGAGUUGGAACGUCAAUCUUUUUAGUUUUGUGUUUUCAGCAAUAUUUGUCUUGUGUGCUUGAAUAAUUUUCGCACAUUUUACAGAAAUUGAGCUAGGAGAUUAAAAUUGCACAUUAUCGAAAAUGUGCAUGAUCUGACAGUCAAAAACAGUGAAUUAAAAGCUGAAGGUGGUCUGUUGACAAUCAUAAGUUCUCCAUUCAAAUUACAAAGAUCCAUUGACAAUCACAAAUCUUCUUGAAAUUCAUAAAGCCCAAAUUGAAAUUCAGAAUUAAAUGAGCACAUGCUUAGAUGCUUACACGUUUUUUUAUAUGAAAUAUUAAAUAAAAUCCAAUUGUUUUUUGAUUCUUGUACAGAAACUAUUUUAUAGAGAUGCCUCAUAUCUUUGAGACGUAUGUGCGUCCAUAUAACACAUCCUUUUCCACUUUACGUAUUCAGGAAUUACUUGUGGUAACUUUUUGAAUAAUGGAAAAUUGUGCAUGUAGAUAGGUUUAAGUGUACUUGUGAGUGUAAUUAAUCAAAGCUUACGAUAUUACAAACUGAAUAAUUAUCUAGAUUUAGGUUAUUUGGUAGAUCAUUUUUAAGAAAUAUUGAAACUCUGCUUGCUUAUCAUUUCAAAAAUAUGCAUUCGAAUCUUCAAUUCAUAGUUCUGUGUUUAAAAAAAAAAAAUUUUAAUUUUAACCAACUCAGGUUGUCAUUUUCCCACAAAAACCACUGCUUUUAAAAAUUUUCAGCAAAGCUAUUACACAAACUUGGUAUAUGUUUGAAGCAGUCUAGCAUUUUUAUACCGAAGGAUCGGCAUAUGUUCGUUUUGUCGAAGCGUUUGCAAAAUAGACGUUUCACUAGCGCUGUAAAGUAUAUGUUUUCAGAUCAGUACCACAUUCUGAACUUAUUUAAAUAACUUCAUUUGUCCGUCUAUCUCUGUGUUCACCUGUGUGGUGUCCUGUCCUGAUCGCUAAUUUGAUCUAUUGGCUACAAAUGUGGCAGAAAAAUUGGAAGCGAAAUCCCUCAAAGGAGACUCACAGUGCAACAUAAGCUGAAAAGGAAAAAAAUGGGUUUGUUUCUUAUUUCUCAUAUGAUAAAACAGAUAUAACGAGAAAUAUAUCAGUAAGCGUUCUAGAGCAUGCGUAAAACAACACAAAAAAUCUGUCGUGCCCACCCUAUAACCCAGGGUGUUGAAAAUUGAUUUUUUUACCUUUUUCUACAAAAAGGU